GCUAGAGGCUGGCAGUGUCCGGAGGUCUGGCAGUAGUGGUCUAGCCAGCUAGCCACCAGACGCACGCGCGCACACCGCCCCCCUCGCUGCAGCUAAGUCAGGAUCGAAGGAGCGCCUAGUGUACGGUGGCCUUACGAUUCCUUUAGAUACGCGAGGUGGUCCAUAGGUUCCUGGAACGCUUCGUCCAGCGACUGAAUAUUCCUGGAUUUACCACACUGGCUGGACGUAAGAUGACAGACGACAGCAUGAGCAGCAGCAGCAGCAGCAGCAGCAGCAGAAGCAGUAGCAGCAGCAGCAGCAGCAGCAGCUGGAGACGGAGUGUGACGACACAGCUGCUGGCGGUGUUGCUGUGGGCGGCGUCACCGGCGUCCGGCGCACCAACGCCAGACUCUUCAGACAACGAUAGCCCGAGGCGGGAUAACGCUCUGGAGAUGCUGGUCUUAACUCCCCGUGUCUCGCCCCAUCAUAGUAUAGUUGUUGUUGCAGGUGGACCCGCGUCUGGCUCCAGCGACGAGGUCCUCAACUACUACCUUCCUGUCAUCAUGGCCGAGAUGUCUGCCCCUGUUUCUACCAGAGACCCCUCCAUCAUCCGGGUGAGCUGUCGGCACGGCUUCCAGGAGGAUCAAAUAGGGGGUUGUCGACCCAUCUUCAACCCCACGCCCUAUUUCCCCAGCAUCACCAGACCUAAUAGACAUACGAGCGUGGCCAGUAUCCUGCCGAUGAUACGCACGCCACCGCGGAUCCACCGACCAGAGCCCCAGACUCAACGGGAUAUUAUCCGUCAGUUCAACAUCUCCCGAAGACCUUCGUGGUUCGGAAGAAGCUUGACCGACUCGAAGGACCCUCCCACCGCUACCGCUAGCGAUGCUCCUCCCUCUGCCAGAUCGGGGAGACUGUUGGUUCCAGUGCCUGUAUCUCCCACCACCGACACCACCACCACCACAACAACCACCACAACCACCACUACCACGCCGCCCACAACUACGCCUGACUGUGACGACUAAAAUGGCUGCUUUAUUUUUUUCCCCUGAAAAAGGAGAUGACCUAACCAGUAUUUGACGCCGGGUUGCGAUCCGGAAUUGGUGCGUGAAAAUGGCAGUGUUGUAUGUUUAAUCCCUUCAGGUGUAAGUAAAGUCUUCGGCCGUGAUGAGUGACAGAUCAAAGCCCUGACCACGAUUUAUUGUGUAUGAUUUUAUUUUUGGAAAAUAGAAUACUAAGAAUGUUCAGCCCGUCUAGAUAAACAACGUGCCAAGUUCUAAAUUCCUUGUAUGGCUAUUUGUCAGUUUCUUAACUCAGUACCAUUGCUCAGUUAGAAGUAAUUAAUUGACUCCUAACGACGCAACUGUGGUAUUAUCAAGUCAUACACAGGACGAAAACAAGUUCAUCUUUCAAAUUGUCAAACCGUUUAUAUAUAUUUCGUUAGGUUGGGAUGUAUUAGCUUAGAUUAGGCUGUGUUAGGAUAAGUUAGGUUAGUUAGGUUUGGGUCAGGUUAGAUCAGUUAUAAAAUCCUUUGACGAACAGUUUUGUGUUUGAAGUGACCUGUAUACACACAGACGCAUGAUGCAUUGUAUUCAUACCAUGAAUACAUUGUAUUCAUACUAUAAGUGGAUGUUUAUAUAGCUGCCAGUGUUGUUGUCCGUUAGUACCUGACUGUAACACACGUUACGGAUGCUCCCCCCCCCUACCAGUCGUUGAAUACUGUUUGUAAACAAGUUUUAGGGGGUAGCUUAUCUUCCUGGGGCCAGAUUCACGAAGCAGUUACGCAAGUUCUUACGAACGUAUACAUCUUUCGUCAAUCUUUGGCGGCUUUGGUUACAUUUAUUAAACAGUUUACACGCAUGAAA